CAGAGACGUGGAUUGCAGGAACGCGUACGCGGAGUUCAGUUUCUAAAAGAGUUAUUAAUUUGUUAUUUUUUUCCUCUUGUAUCUAGAAUAGAUUAGUUCUUUAUGUGCUUCAAUAUCAACAUUGUGAGAAGUUUAUGACUUCUGCAGCUUACUGAAUAACAAGUUUUUGUAUUAAGAGACUCUAAAGCACCAACGGCUAACUCGAGACGCGGAGGAGUGAGACAAGUGAUUAACAAAAAGGCCGAACGCUAGAGUUCAGGGUGCACAUGCUGAAGAGACGAGGAUCGGUGCAUGUGGAGAUACACGCGUCACUAUGAGGCCGUGGAUGAACAAAUCGCUUAGCUUUGGAAUCCUAGGGCUAUUUCUGAUAGCCCUUGGCAUUUCCUUCUGUUUCUUGUGGCCGACAGUUUUUCAUCAAAUUCUUCAAAAAGAAUUGGCUCUCUCGCCGACUUCCAAAAGCUUUGAGAUGUGGAAGGACACCAGCAACCUCCCGCCUUUAUUUAUGAAAAUAUAUCUCUUUAACUGGACCAAUCCGGAGGAAUUGAACAUAAAAAAACCGCAUUUCAAUCAAGUUGGACCUUAUUAUUUCAGGGAAAUAAGGCAAAAGGACGGUAUCCAAUUUAAUCAUGAGAACAAAACUGUCAGCUAUUUUCAACGACGAAUAUGGUACUACGAUGCGGAGCGGAGCAAUGGAAGUAUUAACGACAUCAUUACUAAUUUGGACCCUGUCACUGUGUCAGCAGCGCACAAAGUUAGAUAUUGGGAAAUCGAUUGGCAGAAGUCGCUGUCUUUUCUCUUAAGUAGCACUAAUCGACGAUACUACACUAGUAAAACAGUGGAUGAAUUGCUGUUUACAGGCUAUCCUGAUACUCUGUUCACUAUGAGCAAAAUAAUGCCAUUAGACGAUGUUCCGACGUUUGAUCGUUUCGGCUGGUUCUACACGAAAAAUAACAGCAUCUCGGAUGGAUACGUAAAUAUGGAAACGGGAGAGGAUGAUAUCAGCCAGUUGGGUAUCCUACGAAAUUGGCAUUACAAGGAUACGACGAAAUUUUUCAAGAGCCCUUGUAAUGUUAUUGAAGGCAGCGCGGGUGAAUUUUGGCCGCCCAAUAGAGCAAAAGAUGAGAUUACUUUGUUCAGCAUAGAUAUAUGUCGUCCGAUCACUUACGAAUACGAGGGAACGGUAUCUUAUUUUGGCAUCGAGGGUUAUCGAUACACCAUUGAUAAGAAGACUCUCGGAAACGAUACUAGGCGACGUUAUCCUCACGAACAAGCGAAAUAUUUUGAGAGGACCACAACGACCGAAGACUUUUUUGCAGCUGAGCAUUUGUCGGAGAUGGGAUACACUACGACUACCGAAAGUGUUUUUGACAACAACCUUUCAUCCGAGAAAGAUACGGAUGAAUACUCGGACGAUGAUCCGGAUAUUAUUAACAUGGGUCAUUGCUACUGCAAUGGCGAAUGCAUGCCGUCUGGUCUAAUGAAUGUGACCGCGUGCCGUUUCGGUGCGCCAGGCUUCAUCAGUCUACCUCAUUUUUACAAGGGUGAUCCUGUGCUCCUUGACCAAGUCGAAGGACUACAUCCUAAUGACAAGGAUCAUAGCUUCACCAUCACUCUGGAACCCAUGACAGGAAUUCCUCUAGAAGUAAUAGCUAGACUUCAAGUUAAUUUUCUUCUGCAACCAUCAGAAACUGUAACAAUCUUCAACAAUGUACCUAAGAUCUACAUACCAAUGAUUUGGUUCGAGCUGAAAGUACAAAUUCCCGAGGAGAUGGCUUCUAAUUUAAAAAAAUUACUAGCACUUCCAACUGUGAUGCUGAGUAUCGGUAUAGCUAUGAUAGUCAUCGGAUUAGGUUUAAUUGGUACUAUACUGUUCCUACAUUUCAAGAAGAAAAGGCGUGCACCCACAACGGAUACCACGGAAAAGGCGGUAGACGAAUCGUCUGACAAGAAAACGGAAAUGGUAUAUAUGGAUAAAACAAGUAGCAAUAAUGAAGACCCUAACGUCAGAGGCGAUCGUCGUUUGUACGCAAAACUCUACUGAACGUUUCUGCAGGGAGAAUUUGGAAUUCUCUGAAGCAAUGUAUGAAAAUGUGCAAUCGUGGAGCAAUUUGACACAUAAAAAGGCUGCUGCAGGACAUUUACAAAGUAAAUUUUUAUAUGUGUCUCAGCUCCAUUACAACGAUUGGCGCAUUGUCCU